AUGGAUAAAAAGAAGAUACAGCUUCAGAGAACGUUUGGAUCCUGCUGGGGUGUAGGUUUUUCACUGUGUGUCAUCGGAGCAGGCAUUUCUGUGGCCCCCGGCGGGGUGCCGAAGUCCUGCGCCAAGGGGGUCUCCCUGUGGACCCGGGCCGGCUGCGCUCUGCUGCCCCGAACGGCCCUCUGCCGGGCAGAGAUGCGUGUGACCUUGCCAUGCCGUGGAGCUCACUACCAUUUUCUCAGGAGAUGUUUCGGCAACUUGAUCUCUUUCCUGAGUCUCUGGCCAGCCUCGCUUCUGGGGCCAGGGCUAGCGGCCAGUCAAGCCCUGCUCCUCGCUGAGUGCAGCAUCCAGCCGUUUUAGCCCAGCUGCUCUGCUCCAAAGCUGCCAAAGAAAUGUCUGGCCCUGGCCGCACCGCGGACGGUGGGAAUUCUGAAUCCUCGUGGUGUGAAAGAGGUGACUUGGCUUCAGAUAACUAGCACCACGCUGAUGGCCAUACUCGGCCUUAAUUCCCUCAGUGGCGCAGUGUUGCUGGUGAGAGGAGGGAAGCAGAAUGUAGACAUAUUUUAGAACCUUUUUAAUGCUGAGUUUCCAGAAGCCUCCCAGUUUAUAGAAGCCAUCUUCCCAGGAUAUGUUGCAUAUUCAGGUGGAGGAUGUGUUACCUUUAUAGCAGGUAAUUAA